UUUUUUUUCCUCUCUCUUCUUCCUUCUUUGUUUCUUUCUUAUAUCACACAUUUUGUGCCUUUAUUUUUUUUUUUCCUUUCUUUUUUGACAAUAUUGUUAAAGUUAUAGAUGGAUCAAACUACUCUUGCACAAAAUGGAUGGGGUGCUCCUAUACCCGAAAGUGUACAAAGUCGAUCAAGUGAACAAGACGAAGAUGACUAUUCUUCUGAAGGAUCCUAUGGUUCAGACGAAAGUGAUGACGACGACUAUCUUCCAUUACAAAUGAAUAGUUGGGGUGCUCAACCUACUGGUUCUGAAGCUGAAGAAGACGUGAUCCGUAUGCCAAAUUGGAACGAUAGACCUGCCGAAGGACCUGCAGUAAUGACUUUUGAAGCUAGCGACUGGCGAAAACUUUUGGAUCCUAAUGUAGUGGUUGCAAAAAAUGGUCUUGGCUCUGGAAAUCUACAUCGAAAAGGUGCCAAUUAUAAACCUGUGGACGAACAACAAAUCUUGAACCAACGACUAAAAAUCGGUCCUCCUAUUGGUGGUGGCAAGAAGAAAAGGGGUGGUAAGAAGAAAAAGGCUUCCAGUGCUCCUCCUCCUCCAGCAUUUCCCAAUGACAUUGCUCUUCGACCUACUGGUAAACCAUUAACUGCACCACGACGACCUCCUAUUACGAAUUCUGCCUGGGGUUCAUCCGAGUUACAAUCAACACCAUUCUGGGAACAAGGUGGCUCCGGUGCUUCCAAGUAUGCACCAAAACCUUCGACACCUCAAGCACCUUCUCAACAACAACAACAACAACGACAAAUCACUACUCCUGGAGGUCGACCACCACCUUCAAAACCAAUUUCACGAUGGGGUACUCAACCUUUGCAAGAAAAUCCUGUGGUACCUCCUCAGAAACAACAAAUGCAACCAUCACAACCUACGACACCAGUCUCCAAAUGGGCAUCUCAACCUCUUCAAGAAAAUCCUGUAGUACCUGCUCAAAAACAACCAUCACAACCAGUCUCCAAAUGGGCUUCUCAACCUCUUCAAGAAAAUCCACCAGCUCCUCAAACUCAAUCAUCACAACAAGUCUCCAAGUGGGCUUCUCAACCUCUUCAAGAAAAUCCACCAGCUCCUCAAACUCAAUCAUCAUCAACUUCACUUUUUUCUUCUCGUGGUGGAACUGCCGCUUCCAAAUAUGCUAUUCCAUCUCCUGCUUCUGCUCCAGCUCCAGCUCCAGCUCCAGCUCCCAUUGCUACUCCAGCUCCAUCAUCAACAACGGUUCAUGGUACCAUCUCACUAUCUGAUCCUGAACCUGUCAAGCCUGUUGUCAAAGCUCUUUUCCAACUCAACAUUGAAUUACAUCCUGGUGUUAGUGCGAUUCUUCCAGUUUAUGAAACCAAUGAUUAUAGAAUAUUAGUACGUGAAUUUGGUGCAAAACAUCAUCUCACUAUCACUCCUGAAGCUGAAAAGUCCUUUGCACAAAAAAUUGAACAAAUGAUGGCGAUUAUACGACAACAACAACAACAACAACAACAACUAUAAUGAUGAUGAUGAUAGUUUAGUUUAGUUUUUAUAUCUUCUUUGUUUCAUGAUUUAAUAAAAAG